ACUCACGCCAAAAACAUGCAGGUAUCACGGAAGUGACGUCACGGAGCACGGAUACAGGUAUCGCGGAAGUGACGUCACUGAGCACGGAAAGAGGGGGGGGGGUGAAGCGUUUCAGAGAGCAAGAUGGCAGCAAAAUCCGAUGGCGUGGGGGUCGUUACCGGUUUCGCCCAGCUGCACAACCUGGACGAGGCGGUCGGCGACGACGAUGCGCUGGACAGCGCGGCUAUACACAUCUGUCACUGCUGCAACACGUCGUCGUGCUACUGGGGCUGCAGGAGCGCGUGUCUGCAGUCGCUGCUGGGAGACAGGGAUGCUGAAGGAUGCGAGCGGCCGCAGCAUCAGCACCAGCGGGAGGAACGCCUGUGGCUCGACUGCCUCUGGAUCGUCCUCGCGCUGCUCGUCUUCUUCUGGGACGUCGGCACGGACUUGUGGCUGGCCUUGGACUACUACUCGAAACGGGACUAUCUGUGGUUCGGGCUCACGCUGUUCUUCGCGCUGGUGCCGUCGGUGCUGGUCCAGAUCCUGAGCUUCAGGUGGUUCGUCCAGGAUUACACGGGCGGUGGUCUCGCGGCCGUGGAGGGGCUCAGCGGAAAGGCCACGGCGGAUCUGAGCUCGCGCAUCUACGGCAGGGACAGGUGCUGUGUGAUCUACAUUUGGAUCUGGCAUGCUUGUGUGCACAUCCUUCAGAUGGGACAAGUGUGGAGGUAUAUACGUACGAUGUACCUGGGCAUCCAGAGUCGACGGCAGAAGGAACACAGGCGGCGCUUCUACUGGGCGAUGAUGUACGAGUAUGCUGACGUCAACAUGCUCCGGCUGCUGGAGACGUUUCUAGAGAGUGCCCCCCAACUGGUGCUACAACUCUGUAUAAUGAUCCAGAAGAACCGGGCCGAGACACUGCAGUGUGUCUCCUCUGUUGCCUCCCUACUCUCGCUGGCCUGGGUCCUGGCUUCGUACCACAAGCUACUGCGUGACUCCAGAGAUGACAAAAAGAGCAUGAGCUACAGAGGCGCGCUGAUCCACAUCUUCUGGAGGCUUUUCACUAUAUCCUCACGGGUGCUCUCCUUCGCACUCUUCGCUUCCAUCUUCCACAUCUACUUCGGCAUCUUCGUGGUCGUGCACUGGUGUGCCAUGGCGUUCUGGAUAGUUCACGGUGGCACGGAUUUUUGCAUGUCCAAAUGGGAAGAGGUGCUCUUCAACAUGGUGGUGGGCAUCGUCUACAUCUUCUGCUGGUUCAACGUGAAGGAGGGCCGAACCAGGUAUCGCAUGGUGAUCUACUACUUCGUGGUGCUUGCCGAAAAUACGGUGCUUACUUGCCUGUGGUACGCCUACCGAGACCCAGUCACCACUGACUCCUAUGCAGUGCUGGUGCUCUGCGGGGUUUACCUAACCUUCGCCUCAGGAGUGGUUUUCAUGGGCAUCUAUUAUGGGCUCCUUCAUCCAAUGGGACCUAAAAUAAGGCUUCUAGCUAGCUCCUGUUGUGCCGAGCUUCUUUGGGGACUUCCGUUACCCCCGGAGGCUGAGCCCAUGGCGCCCACCCCUGGGCCAAGGGCGUCCCAACCUACUCCCUCCCGGGCUUCCAUGGGGGCCUUUGGUCAGCAGGAUGACGCCACAGCAGACACCUGCCUGCCCGUGUUUCAGGUGCGCUCGCCCGAGCCCACCACUCCCUUGGGGCGCUACCGGCAGGAGGGACCUCUGAUCAAGAUCGACAUGCCCAGGAAACGCUACCCAGCCUGGGACGCGCACUUCGUGGACAGGCGCUUGCGAAGGACAAUAAACAUCCUGCAGUUCAUCACGCCCGCCACUGUCGGGAUCAGAUACAGGGAUGGGCCGCUGCUAUACGAGCUCCUGCAGUACGAGUCGUCCCUGUGAUCUCUGAUGUCCACAUUUAGUUUCAGAUCUGCCACGUUCCGCAAAAUGCAUGCCAUUUUGGUUUGCAUAUAAAUGCGUAUUUGUGUGUAAAAGAGUGUAAGCAUCAAGCAUUGCACAUUUUUCUUUUACAUCAAAAACCUCCAAAAGAUGUGUAUAUAUUUUGAAUGUAUAUACUGUCUCUUUUUUACAAUAUCCGUUUAAAAAUGUCUCCCCAUGAAGGGAUAUAUAUGUGUCAUGGUGUUUACAGCCAGUAGAAACCAUUACAUUGGAAAAAUGGAGAUUGGUGGACCACAUCAACACCGCCUUGAGUUCUU